GAUUUGCAGAGAGGCGUGUCUUGACCCAGCUUGUCUUCUGUCCUUCCAGCGCCCCUGAAGAUGUCCGAGACGCUGUUUGACGGCUUCGAGAAGAUGGGAAAGAAACAGAACAAGGAGCAGGUUCCACCGCCGGCCGAGCCCGAGAGCAAGAAGACCUCCAGUAGACCCUCUAAGAAGUCCCAGACCAGCAGUCCUGCAACCUCGGCAACACGCAAGACCCUCGAGGACGCCUUCAAAACAUUGGACGUCGGGGACCUGAAGCAGCAGCUGGCUCAGAGUCAGACCUUGUUCCCGGAGAACCCGUCGGUCUGGGUCAAGGACCUCGCCGGGUACCUCAACCUCCACCUGACGGCGCCGGAGUCGGAGCCCACGCUCAGCAGCUACGCCCACGGCAGUGCAUUAUGGGACAUACGACCCCCCAGCUAUGCGGGGACGUCCCCCUUCUUUCAGAGCCAGGGACAGCUGUGGCUUCGAGCAACCACAGGUGGAACCACCGCUAACCUGUGUUUCCAUUUUAAUUUCUACUCCUGA